AUGUCUGCAGAAGAAGCUCAAGAGCCUCACGGCGGUCGCCGUGAUGGGCCGCACGACCCAGAGCGAAGACAGACAAGCCACCUCGAGAAGAAUGAUGACACAGACGAGUUGAGUGAACCGCCCGUCGAACAGGACGACUACUUCCAGCGUUCGAAGCAAGACGUAGCUUCCAACAGCACGCGCCGCACAGGUCAAUCAGCGGAAGGCAGCUCAGACAGAACCAAGCGCCGCCCGGCGAUGGCUAGUCGUCCUUCCACGUCCGCAUCGUAUACCCUAGGGAGGAUGCACGAAGACCCAAAGACCUCGGAUAAGAUAUCACGCGUGGUGGCACAGCUGGACGACGAGGGCAUGGUGAACCUGGAGCAGCUCGUGUCUGAGUUUGCCAAGCAGAGGUCCAAGCCUAAGGGGCAGCUGACUUCUUCGGACUAUCGCGACCAGAACCCGUGGUAUGAUCAAGAGAGAAGCAGGCCGAAUUUCAGUCUCGGUGAUACCCUGCCACACGUCGGUGAAGACAGCAGUGAAAGGACCCCCGGGCGUGAUCAGGAGAGAGACAAACCUGUGUUCAGUCUCGGCGAACCGUUGCCCCAUACUGUGCGCAGACCAAAAUCGUCCAAGAACAACGACGAGGACGUGGAGCAGGGCCUUCGCAAGAGACCAACCAAAGAAAAGGCCGCGGACUCGGACGACACUCUCCAGGAGCCGCGGCCGCAGACGUCGCGGCAAAAGCAACAGGACGACCAGGCGGAGGGCACUGAGACGGCCAAGAAGUUCCAGAUCGACGCGGACAACCACGGCGGGCAGCGGGAGAAGGACGCGGUCGAGGACGGCCGGACGGACCCCAACUCGAUGCGCAACUGGUGGGCGCGGUUCCGCGCGAAGUACCCGGAGCUGCUGGCCGAGUUCCUCUGCACGGCCAUGUCUGUGUUCCUGGGUGUUGCGGGCACGCUUAGCGUCAACCUGUCGAAGAACCAGGCCUCCCAGUACGGGACGUACGAGACGCUCUGCUGGGCGUGGGGGCUCGCGUUCAUGUUUGGUAUUUAUAUGGGUGGUGGUGUCUCGGGCGCCCAUAUGAACCCGGCUAUUUCAAUCUCACUCACGGUGUACCGUGGGUUUCCCUGGAAGCGCUGCGUUGCGUACGUUGUCGUGCAGGUUCUCGGUGCUUUUGCGGGCGGGAUUCUCGCGUACGGGCUUUACUACGAUGCGAUCAUGGAGGCUGACCCGAUGAUGACCGAGACAUACACAAGCUGGUUCGCCGUCCCACAGCCCUGGGUCAGCCCAGCCACGGCGUUCUUCUCCGAGUUCCUGGGCGGCGCUGUUAUAAUGGUGGCCGUGCUCUCGCUCGGUGACGACCAGAAUAACCCACCCGGCGCGGGCAUGCACGCCUUCGUCCUUGGCUUGCUAGUAGCCGUACUAAAAAUGACGCUGGGGUACAACACGGGGGGCGCGAUGAACCCGGCUGCAGACCUGGGCCCGCGCCUCGCCGCCCUGGCCGGCGGGUACCGGACAGACGACCUCUUCAGGACGGGCUUCUGGGCUUAUGGUCCUUGGGGCGCCAGCGUGUCUGGGGCUCUUGUUGGGAGCGCUGUGUACGACGCUGUUGUUUUCGUCGGUAGCGAGUCGCCUGUCAACUACCGCUGGUCGAAGGAGCAGCACAAGUGGCGGGCGCUCAUGAGGAAGUAG